UCUCCUUGCAGCGGCGGCCUGAGCGCAGAGUCCGAGCGGCGGAGGCGGCGGCGCGAGUCAUGGCUGGACAGGCGUUCCGAAAGUUCCUCCCGCUCUUUGACAGAGUCUUGGUUGAAAGGAGUGCCGCCGAAACGGUGACCAAAGGUGGCAUCAUGCUUCCAGAAAAGUCGCAAGGGAAAGUACUGCAAGGAACGGUAGUGGCCGUGGGAUCAGGCGCGAAAGGAAAGGGCGGAGAGAUUCAACCCGUCAGCGUGAAGGUUGGAGACAAAGUUCUCCUCCCAGAGUACGGAGGCACCAAAGUCGUUCUAGACGACAAGGAUUAUUUCUUAUUUAGAGACGGUGACAUUCUUGGAAAGUACGUGGACUGAUCGCUGUUGAAAUGGUGUCACGUGAAGCUGCCCAUUCCGCCGACGUUCUGAGCUCUUCAUCAUGUAAAUAAUUUCUGUGCCUCCUUUUAUAAUAAACUGAUGAUGCCUGCACCGA